AUGUUGUUCCUCCGUGUGUUAGUGGUGGUCACAGUUCUACAGUGGUCAGUAGUGACCGGGGAAGGCCUGACUGACCAGUUCACCCUGUCACUGUGCAGGGUUUGGGAGGAGUGCAUUGAGACAGCUACUGAGAACAACUUGGGGCACUCUGAGCUGGGAACUCCUGAGGCAAUCUGUGGUGACUUUCUGGACAUGUUAAAGAAGCAUGGCGUGGAUUGUGGAACCUCACAUGGCCCUGAAGAAGAGAAAGCUGGGGUUGAACAGGUGCUGUCCUAUCUAGACCCUCUUCCCAGUAAUGAGGAGCAACAGGAAGAGUUGGCUCCUGGCGAUGAGGAAGAGACAAACAGAGGAGUACAAGGCCACAAACUACCACUCAACCGUCCUGUCAACACUGACGAUGUUUGGCGAACAACAUACUUUGACGACUGCUCUGAGUGGUAUACUGCUCAAGCAAUUUCUGGUCCCAUAUCUAGUGGGGUGUUUUCUAUCAAACCUGCCCAUGUUGCCCACCCAAUCUCUGUAUACUGUGAUCAGACCACAGAUGGGGGAGGGUGGACGGUCAUACAGAGGAGGUUUGACGGGUCUCUUGAGUUUUUCCGUCAGAUUGGCGCUUAUCAAAACGGGUUUGGAGACUCCAGUGGUGAGUACUGGCUGGGGUUAGAAACCAUCUACCGCAUAACAGCCCAGAACACGUAUGAGUUGUACAUAGAGCUCGAAGACUGGUCUGGGAAUGUGAAGUUUGCUCGAUACUCCAGCUUCUCAGUCGGUCCGGGUGAUGAUCACACCCUGAGUGUGGGAGGGUACAGUGGGACAGCUGGGGAUGGGUUCUAUCUGUCACAUUCAUCACAUACCAACAAUGGUAUGAAGUUCAGCACCCGUUGGCACGACCAAGACACCUCCUCAGGUUCAAUGGCAGAACUUUACGGUGGUGGUUGGUGGUACGGUAGUUGGAGCCACAGUGACCUGAACGGUCCGUACUUCCGAGACACUGACGGGUUCAAUAACAACAACGGCCGUGGCGUCUUUUGGUAUCCUUUCAACAAUAAAGAAUACUAUUCUCUAAAGAAGACCAAAAUGAUGAUCCGUCCCACAGACUUCAGCACCAGGGUGGCAAACAUGAGGCAAGGGAAGGAGUAA